UCGUUUUCACUCUAAUGUCGCUUGGACAAUCGGCUAUCAAGCGCAUGGAAGUGUGUUUGAGUUUUUUAAAUUUUAAACUUUGAUUUAAAUUAGAACUGACUAAACCCAAGGUAAUACGACUAUGGAUAUCAAUGACGCAGUGCUCACGUGUGCGGUGAACAUGCAGUGGACCAAUUCUGUAGGCAUUACGGGUCGAAAACUGGCCUACAAAACGGCCACUUUGCGUCUUGUGCGGAAUGAUCUGCGGGAAUUGUUUGUGGAGGUGACGCCGGAGAAAUUAAAGCCGCUCAAGUUCAAACUAAAGGAUCUCAUGGUGCACAAGAAGUUCAUGUCCGAAGGCAAGGCCACCUUUAACUUUAAGGCGGAGAACUGCACCAUAUACUUGUCCAAUGCUCCGCCGGGCACUCUUAUGUUCUUCCUGAGGACGAUAUUUAUUAAAAUGAACGGAACCGAAGGAGGAUCUCAGCCGGAUGAUGCCUCCUUGCAGAAAAAACUUCGCGAGCAUUUGCUGUCUGGAAAACCCAGCAGCUUUGAAGAUGUUUCUCCGGUCACUACGGCUGAGAUGAUUUUGGCGCGCAAAAAGGCGGGUUUGCUGUCCAAAGGGUCGGUGACCACUCCGUCGCCUCAGGGCGCCAAAAAACGAAGAUUCGAUGAGCUCAAGGAAGAGAGGGACAAGAGCAGCAUGCCAGCAGCUAAGAAACUAUAUCAAACGGCCACCGAUGAGUCCCUAAGGCUGAGUGAGGAGCAAAUGGAGGUUCUGCGGGCCUGUACCUCAGGAAAAAAUGUAUUCUUCACCGGCUCUGCGGGCACUGGCAAGAGUUUUCUGCUUCGAAGAAUCAUAUCGGCCUUGCCGCCUGAUGGAACAGUGGCAACAGCCUCUACAGGAGUGGCAGCAUGCUUGAUUGGUGGCACCACUUUGCAUGCCUUUGCGGGAAUAGGAGGAGGAGACGCCACAAUGCAAAGGUGUUUGGAGCUGGCCUCCAGACCCGUAAGUGCCCAAACCUGGAGGAAGUGCAAGCGACUGAUUAUUGAUGAGAUCUCUAUGGUGGACGGACAGUUCUUUGAGAAAAUCGAAGCCGUUGCCCGUCACAUUCGUCGCAAUGAUCGUCCUUUCGGCGGCAUCCAGCUGAUCCUCUGUGGCGAUUUCCUUCAACUUCCUCCAGUUAUUAAGUCGGAUGUCGGAGCAGGGCCCACUGCGACGCCCCAACAGCGCUUCUGCUUCCAGUCCAGCGCCUGGGAAACCUGCAUCCAGUGUGUCUUCGAACUGAAGCAAGUGCAUCGACAAUCGGAUCCAGAGUUUGUAAAGAUUCUGAAUCACCUUCGAAUUGGACAUGUAAAUGAUUCCAUAACUAAUCGACUGACAGCCACUUCCAAGCAGAAAAUCGAGGGAAAUGGCAUUUUGGCCACUCAACUCUGCUCCCACACAAACGAUGCUAACUCCAUUAACGAGUCCAAGUUGGAAAACCUUCAGGGAGAUAAGGUUUUAUUCAAGUCUGAGGAUUCUGAUGCAGGCAUGACCAAGACAUUAGAUCAACAGGUUCAGGCUCCCUCUCAAUUAUACCUUAAGAUAAACGCCCAAGUGAUGCUGCUCAAAAAUAUUAACAUAGCCAAUGGUCUUGUAAAUGGAGCUCGUGGAGUAGUUGUUAGAAUGGAUAAGGAUCUACCAGUAGUUAGAUUUAAAAACAACCAGGAAUAUGUGUGCAAGCACGAGAAGUGGAUCAUCAAAACCGCCACAGGUAGUCUCGUCACACGUCGCCAGGUUCCAUUGAAAUUAGCCUGGGCAUUUUCAAUACACAAAAGUCAAGGCCUAACACUCGAUUGCGUGGAGAUGUCCCUGUCAAAAGUAUUUGAGGCUGGCCAGGCUUACGUGGCCCUAUCCCGGGCCAAGUCCCUUCAGUCCAUUAGAAUUCUGGACUUUGACGCCAAGCAAGUGUGGGCCAAUCCUCAGGUGCUGCAGUUCUACAAAGGCUUCCGGCGCAAGCUGAUAGAUACAACAAUGAUUCCCUUGGGCCCUAAAAAUAAGGACAAGAAACCAGGAGAUGGUAAGGCCGGAAAUAGUGCUCUAGCCAAGCUCAAAAAGAGUCUCAUGAACAAGCCACUAGUUUCGAUUAGCUGAACUCAGAAAUUAUUAGUUGAAUUUUAGAAAAAGAAAGACCUUUACACAAUUACCUUUAAAUAUUAUAAUGGCUAGCUCUGUAAUGAAAUUUUCACGAAUGCAUUGAAUAUUGCUGAAAACUUAAUUAAAUCGCAUACAAAAUAAUACAUUUUACGAACUGAAGACAGGCCUAAUAAACGUUCACGACUGUUUCCCUAUUGAGAAUUUAUUGUCUGAAAUAGUGUUUAAGUUAGCUAACAUUUUAUCAAAAAAUAUAAUUAUUUUAAUUAAAAGAAUGACUUAACUGAUGUAUAAAAAGAA